GUCAGUGCCGACGAGCCAGUCGCACCUGCCCAAGGCUUCCCGCCCAAGACUGAGAUAAUCUAACGCGCAUCAGAGUACGCGACGCUACUGUGCACUCCUCCUGGCACGCUACCAGCCAGCAAAGAAGCACGUUCAUCUGGAAUUCCCCGUCGACCCACGCCGUUCGUGGUCAUGGACUGAGAUAUGCCGUACCGUCAGGCACGACGCCCAGCCAUGAUACCUAGGUACCAUCCUUAGCGCCAUCGUCCAAUCUAUGACCCAGGGAACCCUGAAAACCACUGCCCUCUUUCGCCCCUUUGCGACAACCAUCCCACGACACCUUCAACCCCACCUACGAACGGGCCCAUCCCGUCCAGCCGCCGGAGCCAAACGCUCGAUACAGCCGGCAGCGCGGCGCACAAAUGCGAGACUUGGUGCGAUAGAAUGAUCAGCUCCCUCAGAAGUCCAUUCCGAGGUGCUUGCGCCACCGCGAGCUCUGUCCGCCUGGCGAGGCACCGCGCACACCGGAGAUGGCCAGCACAACUUCGAUGGCAGUCUGCCACUGCCGCGGCCCAAGUCGAAGGCCAGACGGUUAACAGCACGCUUGCUAUACCGUCGACCGCCCGCCAGAACCCCAUCGGGGUUCAGCAGCUGAGCGAGCACAUCUACAAGCAAGUCUUUCCCAGGGGUCACGAGGUCCCCCCUCCUCCAGAGGAACUCGUCGAGCUCUCACGCGAUCAUCUACGGCGUCAGGAUCUCCUGGGCAAGACUACCGACCCGACCGACCCUAUCGCGUUCGUCCUCCCAAAAUUACAAGCCCCGGACACGGAGACGCUCGAUGAGCAUUUCUUCAGGCUCGGCACGGAUGCCGCGGAGCCGUUCCUGUCGUACGCAAAGCAAUUCGCAAAGUCGGAAACGCCCCAACAGCCGAGGCAAUGGGUACGCCGGAGCGGGUGGACAAAAUAUUAUUGUGAAGACGGGUCGGGGCCCGAGAUUGUGGAAGAGGUGGAAGCGCCCGACGAGACCAUGCUGUCAUUCGACGUCGAAGUAAUGUGGGAGGAGAACCCGUUUGCUGUCAUGGCCUGCGCUGCGAGUCCAACGGCCUGGUACGUGUGGCUCUCGCCCUGGCUGCUGGGCGAGACCGAUGUCAAGACCCAGCUCGUGCCACUGGGAGACCCUACGAAAGAUCGGAUCGUCGUCGGCCACAACGUCGGCUAUGACAGGGCCAGAAUACUCGAGGAAUAUGAUUUGAAGCAGACAAGGAAUUGCUUCCUGGACACCAUGUCACUGCAUGUGGCAGUAAAUGGCAUGUGCUCGCAACAAAGGCCAACUUGGAUCAAGGCCCAAAAGAAUCGAGAGAAAGAGCGGACUGCCCGAGCCGAGGGAAACUUCGGCCUGAUCGAAAUGAUGGAGGAGGAGGAACUGUGGGUUGGGAGGAGCUCCAUCAAUUCCCUUCGGGAUGUUGCUAAAUUUCAUCUCAACGUCUCCAUGGACAAAUCUGCACGAGACGACUUCAGCGGGCUGGAUCGAGACAAGGUUAUGGACAAGCUUGACGACCUCAUCAGCUACUGCGCAGCCGACGUCGCCGUCACACACCGUGUCUUUUCGAUCGUCUUCACCAACUUCCUCAAUACAUGUCCCCAUCCGGUCAGCUUUGCCGCACUGCGGCACUUGUCCUCCGUCAUACUACCAGUCGACGAAUCCUGGAAGUCGUACAUUGCCACCGCCGAGGCAAAAUAUCAAGAAUUGUCGUUUGGCGUCCAAGAGCGUCUCAUAGCACUGGCUGAGACGGCCGUCGAAAUGAAAAAUGAUGAGACAAAAUGGAGCAGCGACCCUUGGCUGAAGCAGCUGGAUUGGUCGGGACAGGAGGUCAGAUGGGUAAAGGCCAAAAAGAAGGACGACAAACCAAGGCUAGCCAAGAAUCAAAAAAUGCCUGGCAUGCCAAAAUGGUACAAAGAUCUAUUCCCGACUAAAGAUGCACCUAUGAACAUAUCGGUGCGGACGAGGAUAGCACCUCUGCUGCUCAGGCUAUCGUGGGACGGGAACCCAUUGUUCUGGUCGGAACAGCACGGGUGGACCUUCCGCGUUCCUCUUGAAAAGAAAGAAGAUUACAUCAAGAAGUCGAUGGAGUUUUGCUCUAUGACGGACGAGAAGACAAUCCCUCUACUGCGAGACGACGUGAGCGGAGCUUACUUCAAGGUACCACACAAGGACGGCCCCACGGCUCGAUGCGCCAACCCGAUGGCGAAGAGUUAUUUGGGCUAUUUCGAAAGCGGGGUCUUGACGUCUGAGUAUGCCUAUGCGAAGGAGGCUUUAGAGAUGAACGCAUCUUGUUCAUACUGGAUCAGCGCGCGGGAAAGGAUCAAGUCGCAGCUGGUUGUUUACGAGAAGGAGUUGCAGGUGGCCAAGGGAGAAGAGGCAGGGGAGUCUGCUCGGGGUUACAUCCUCCCACAGGUCAUACCUAUGGGCACCGUCACGAGGAGAGCGGUUGAGAACACCUGGCUGACAGCGAGCAACGCCAAGAAGACCAGGGUAGGCUCGGAGCUGAAGGCAAUGGUCAAGGCUCCCCCGGGUUACAGCUUCGUGGGCGCCGAUGUGGACUCGGAGGAGCUUUGGAUUGCAAGUCUACUGGGCGACGCCAUAUUCCAGAUGCAUGGCGGCAACGCAAUCGGUUUCAUGACGCUAGAAGGUACGAAGGCUGCUGGAACCGACCUCCAUUCCCGGACCGCCUCAAUUCUCGGGAUCUCGAGGAAUCAAGCCAAAGUCUUCAACUAUGGGCGGAUAUACGGCGCCGGCUUAAAGUUCGCGGCCCAGUUACUCCGCCAGUUCAAUCCGGCCCUCUCCGAGCGUGAGGCAUACAACACCGCGACGAAGCUGUACACAUCCACAAAAGGGGUACAGUCCUAUCGGAAGCUUCUCUACAAGGGAAAAUUCUGGCGAGGCGGCACGGAAUCCUUCAUUUUCAACAAGCUCGAAGAAUUUGCCGAGCAGCGCCGCCCGCGUACACCCGUGCUCGGUGCUGGGAUCACGGAGGCGCUGAUGAGCAGCUACGUGAGCAAGGGCGGCUUCCUGACCAGCCGCAUCAACUGGGCGAUCCAAAGCUCAGGCGUCGACUACCUCCACCUUCUGAUAGUCUCCAUGGACUACUUGACCAGACGCUUCAACAUCGAUGCGCGCCUCGCAAUCUCGGUGCACGACGAGAUCCGGUACCUGGUCAAGAACGAGGACAAGUACCGGGCCGCCAUGGCACUCCAGGUUGCCAACAUCUGGACACGGUGCAUGUUCGCCCAGCAGGUCGGCAUUCACGACCUCCCGCAGUCGUGCGCCUUCUUCAGCGCCGUCGACAUAGACCACGUCCUCCGCAAGGAAGUCGACAUGCCCUGCAUAACCCCAUCCCACCACACUGCUAUCCCGCCAGGGGAGUCCAUCGACAUCCAGCAACUACUCGCCAGGGGAGACGAAGCCCUACUCGAUGAAGCCAUCAUCCCAGAAGCCCCACCGCAGCUCGACCAGAUCCAGUACAUCCCGCGGGUGCCCGUCAUGCAGACCCUCAAGGAAGAGGACGCGUCGACGGCAGACCUGGCGUUCAUCAAGGCGCAGAUCACGUCCGACAUGAAGGAGCUCAACGAGGCCUGCGCCGAGAAGCGCAAGAGGACACAGCCCAAGAAGGAGCCGACGAUCCGCGUGCCCAAGGUCCUGCCGUACUCGUCGCAUGCGCGGCUGAUGCCCGAGCCGCUCCUGGUCUCGGAGGCGUUCCGUGCGGACCAGGCUAAGCGCCUCGGCGGCAGCCAGAAGAAGGUUGACUGGGGCCGCACGGGCAAGUGGACGAAGAUCAUACCUGCUAGCCGCGGGGUGGGCUAUUGAUUGGGUGUUGGACGGGUGGGCCUCUUGAGUGGCCGACGGACGGAGGCACACAUUGGCCUAUCGUUCGCUUUUUUUUUUUUUUUUGUAUAUUUUUUGUUUCAUGGCUUGGACCACCAGGGCGGGCCUGACACCUGUAUGACUGCCAUCCCCGGGGAAAACGCAUCUUGUCUAUUCGCACGGCCGCGUGUUACUAUAUCGAUACCAUGGGGCGGGUGGGUGGUCCUCACAUUGAUUGGGGUCGGACAGGGGGUGGAGGGGAGGGAGGGAGAACGCUUCGCAUCUCGUUUCUGGGGCCGGCGCUUGGGCGGGGGGAAACAGGGGAUGGAUUGUAUCCGCGGAUAGCUAGCUAUGUAUGUAUGUACUGGGGUUGAAAGCGUUUUCGGUGAGAGCGGAGUUCCAUCUGACCUUGUUGUUAUAAUUACUGGAGUUGGUUAUGUGCAGGGCCGGCCUUCUUUUGCAGCAGUUGGAUACCAGACAGGACCGGGAAUGUAUAUGCUACUUGUUUAUUAUCACGGCGAGACUUUUGUGAUUCGCUUGGUGUUGGUUGUGGAUAGGCGGUUGUACUUGGCCGCGGCGGAC